AUGGUUGUUAUGACAAUGACUGCAAUAGAUUACGAUGAUCCAGCAGAAAGCAAUAAUGCCAAACUUAUGUACUCUAUUGAAAAGAAUGUGAUAGAAGAAGAAACAGGUUCUCCCAUAUUUGAAAUUGAACCAGAAACGGGUGUUAUAAAAACUGCAGUAUGCUGUUUAGAUCGCGAACGAACACCUGAUUAUUCUAUACAGAUAGUAGCAUCCGACGGAGGUGGGUUAAAGGGGACAGGUACAGCAUCUAUAAGAGUGAAAGAUAUUAAUGAUAUGCCGCCUCAAUUUACGAAAGAUGAAUGGUUCACUGAGGUUGACGAAACUGAUGGAACGAACUUACCAGAAAUGCCUAUUCUAACGGUAACAGUACACGAUGAAGACGAAACGAAUAAGUUCCAAUACAAAGUGAUUGAAAAUAGUGGAUAUGGUGCUGAUAAAUUUACUAUGGUUCGAAACAACGAUGGUACUGGUUCACUUAAAAUAGUGCAGCCUUUAGAUUAUGAAGACCAAUUACAAAGUAAUGGCUUCAGAUUUAGAAUACAAGUUAAUGAUAAGGGUGAAGAUAAUGAUAAUGACAAGUAUCAUGUAGCUUAUUCCUGGGUCGUAGUUAAGUUAAGAGAUAUAAAUGACAAUAAACCACAGUUUGAAAGGGCAAAUAUUGAAGUAUCUGUUUACGAAAACGCUGAAGUGGGUAAAAGCUUAGAAACUUUUAAAGCAACAGAUCCUGAUCAAGGAGGUAAAAGUAAAGUUUCAUAUGCAAUCGAUAGAUCAUCAGAUAGAAAACGCCAAUUUUCAAUAAACCAAGAAGGUACUGUAAGUAUACAAAGAUCUUUAGACAGAGAAGAUACACCACGUCAUCAAGUGAAAAUUUUAGCGAUAGACGAUGGCGUACCUCCAAGAACUGCUACUGCUACACUUACUGUGAUUGUACAAGACAUUAAUGAUAAUGCGCCUACAUUCUUAAAAGAUUAUAGGCCAGUUUUGACCGAACAUAUUACGCCUAAGAAAGUAGCUGAAAUUUUAGCUACAGACGAUGACGAUAGAUCAAAAAGCAAUGGCCCGCCUUUCCAGUUCAGAUUAGACCCAGGAGCAGAUGAUAUAAUAAGAGCUUCCUUUAAAGUAGAACAAGAUCAAAAGGGUGCUAAUGGCGACGGUAUGGCUAUUGUUUCAUCACUUAGAUCAUUUGAUAGAGAACAACAAAAGGAAUAUUUGAUUCCAAUCAUUAUUAAAGAUCACGGUAAUCCUGCCAUGACUGGAACUAGUACACUUACUGUUGUCAUUGGAGAUGUAAAUGACAAUAAAAUGCAGCCUGGAUCGAAAGAAAUCCUGGUCUAUAAUUAUCAAGGUCAAGCUCCAGAUACCGAAAUCGGACGAGUAUAUGUUUAUGAUCUUGAUGAUUGGGAUCUUCCUGAUAAAAAAUUCUUCUGGGAGAGUACGGAACAUCCGAACUUCACCUUAAAUGAAGAAACUGGAAUGAUACAAAUGAAACAUAAAACAAGAGAAGGUCGAUACCAUUUGAAAUUCAAAGUUUAUGAUAGAAAACACACACAAACAGAUGUACCUGCUAAUGUAACUGUAUACGUGAAAGAAAUAUCUCAUGAAGCUAUCAUUAAUUCAGGUUCCAUUCGAAUAUCGGGAAUAUCUGAUGAAGAUUUUAUUAGAGUAUGGAAUUAUAAAACCCUUAGUGUAUCUAGAAGUAAAUUAGACAUAUUUAAAGAUAAAUUAGCAGAUUUGUUAAACACUGAACGUGAAAAUAUUGAUGUAUUUAGUGUACAGUUGAGAAAGAAACAUCCGCCUGUAACCGACAUAAGAUUUUCAGCACAUGGUGCUCACUAUUAUAAACCAAUAAGAUUGAAUGGUAUUGUUCUAAUGCAUAGAGAGGAAAUUGAAGGAGCAGUUGGAAUCAAUAUUACUAUGGUUGGCAUAGAUGAAUGCUUAUAUGAAAACCAAAUGUGUGAAGGAUCUUGCACCAAUGUUCUUGACAUUAGUAAUCUGCCUUACAUGGUUAAUGCAAACAAAACUGCAUUAGUUGGUGUACGUGUAGAUGUAAUCGCUGAAUGUACGUGUGGUGCUCGAAACUUUACACAAGCUGAAACAUGCCGAAACUCUCCAUGUUAUAAUGGUGGCCGAUGUAUUGAAGGAAAAUAUGGACUUACUUGUUCCUGUCCUCCUGGAUACACCGGCCCAAGAUGUCAACAAACUUCCAGAAGUUUUAGAGGCACAGGAUGGGCAUGGUACCCUGCUUUAGAAAUGUGCGAUAACUCCCAUUUGAGUUUUGAAUUCAUUACACGAAAAUCAGAAGGUGUUUUAAUAUAUAAUGGGCCUAUAGUACCGCCUGAACCUGAAGAGAUAAUGGUAUCUGAUUUUAUAUCUAUAGAAUUAGAAAGAGGCAAUCCAAGAUUAUUAAUAGAUUUUGGAUCAGGCACGUUGGAGUUGCGAGUAAAAACAAAGAAGUCAUUAGAUGAUGGCGAAUGGCAUAGAAUAGAUAUCUUUUGGGAUACAGAAAAUGUGCGAAUGAUCGUUGAUUUUUGUAAAUCUGCUGACAUUCAAGAAAUGGAAGAUGGCACACCUCCAGAAUUUGACGAUACAACAUGUCAAGCAACUGGAACGAUUCCUCCUUUUAACGAAUACUUAAACGUAAAUGCUCCUUUACAAGUCGGUGGUUUAUAUAUAGAACACUUUGACCCUACACAUUAUCACUGGCAAUACAUGCCAAUAGGAAAAGGAUUCGAUGGAUGUAUACGAAAUUUGGUUCACAAUAGUAAAUUAUAUGACUUGGCACAUCCAGGACUAUCAAGAAAUUCUGUAGCAGGGUGUCCACAAACCGAAGAGAUUUGUAAUCAAGCCGACACCACUUCUAGAUGCUGGGAACAUGGAACUUGUGUAGGUAGCUUCUCUGAAGCACGUUGCCAGUGCCAGCCAGGAUGGACCGGUCCUUCAUGUAAUUUACCCACUACUCCUACAAGUUUCAGACCACAAAGUUAUGUAAAAUUUGCACUUAGUUUCGAACCAGAUCGGUUUAGCACACAAAUUCAACUGAGAUUCAGAACUCGUGAGCCACACGGUGAACUGUUUAGAGUAAGCGAUCAACACAACCGUGAAUAUGGCAUAUUGGAAGUGAAAGAUGCACGUUUACAUUUCCGCUACAAUCUGAACUCGUUACGAACUGAAGAGAGAGAUGUGUGGUUGAAUUCGGUUGCUGUGGAUGAUGGUCAGUGGCAUAUAGCUCGAGUUAGCCGCUAUGGAAGUGCGGCAACGCUUGAGAUCGACGGUGGAGAGGGCAGAAGAUACAACGAGACCUUCACUUUUGAAGGACACCAGUGGUUGUUAGUAGAUAAACAGGAAGGUGUAUACGCCGGUGGAAAAGCUGAAUACACUGGUGUUAGAACUUUUGAAGUCUACGCGGAUUUCCAAAAAGGUUGUUUAGAUGAUAUACGGUUAGAAGGAAAACAUUUACCGUUACCUCCUGCCAUGAAUGGAACUCAAUGGGGACAGGCGACAAUGGCUAGAAACUUGGACCGCAAUUGUCCAUCUAACAGUCCUUGCAUAAAUGUCCAUUGCACGGAACCAUUUGUUUGCGUGGAUCUUUGGAACGAAUACGAAUGCACUUUUGGUGCUGGUCUUCGUUGUUUACAAUCGAAGACGAGAAGCUCAUAUAAAGUACCCAGGACCUGA